AUGGCUUACUUGUUGCAGUAUGAUUCUACUCAUGGCUUAUUCAAAGGAACCAUCAAGGUUAUUGAUGAGUCCACUUUAGAAAUCAAUGGGAAGCAAAUAAAAGUAACCAGCCAAAGAGAUCCAGCCACAAUUCCAUGGGGUGAUUUUGGAGCUGACUAUAUUCAGAGAUCCAGCCAUAAGAAGGUGGUGAUCUCAGCUCCAUCAGCUGAGGUACCCAUGUUUAUUGUAGGGGUAAAUGAGACCACAUACAAACCAAACAUGGAUAUUGUAUCCAAUGCCACCUGUACUACUAACUGCUUAGCCCCUUUAGCCAAGGUGGUUCAUGAGGAGUUUGGUAUCAUUGAAGGUUUGAUGUCAAAUGUAGGCAUUGUAUGGAAAUUCUUGUUCUUCCCUAUGUGUCCAUUUGUACAGAGAAGGUGGACUAUUGCCUUACUUGUAUCACAUCUUGAAGGGUUACUUGAACGUUCUAUUUUUGAAGACCUUAGAAACCGUGUACAAUUAAACAGUUCCACACUUCCUUCAGUGUGGGACAUGGCAAAACUUGGGCGAAUGGGGAGUUCUGGUGAAAAUGAUUCGGAUGGAUCGAAUGGUGGAAAAAGGUCUUACACUUUGUAUCAGGGGCAUUCUGGUCCGGUUUAUUCAGCUUCAUUUAGUCCUUUUGGGGAUUUUCUUUUAUCAUCAUCGUCGGAUUCAACAAUUCGAUUAUGGACCACGAAGUUCAAUGCAAAUGUUGUCUGCUACAAGGAUCAUAAUUACCCUGUAUGGGAUGUUAAGUUUAGUCCACUUGGACACUAUUUUGCAAGUGCAUCUCAUGAUAGAACAACUAGGAUUUGGUCAAUGGAUAGAAUUCAGCCUCUAAGAAUACUUGCAGGACACUUAUCUGAUGUUGAUUGUGUAGAAUGGCAUAUGAACUGCAAUUACGUUGCAACCGGAUCAAGCGACAAAACUGUUCGUUUAUGGGACGUACAAAGUGGUGAAUGCAUAAGAGUUUUCAUUGGUCAUAGGAGUAUGAUUUUAUCAUUAGCCAUGUCACCUGAUGGUAGAUACAUGGCAUCUAGUGAUGAAGAUGGAAGUAUAAUGAUGUGGGAUGUUUCCAAUGGUCGAUGUAUCCCUCUUCUUGUUGGCCAUACUCCAUGUGUCUGGUCUCUUGCUUUCAGUUGUGAGGGAUCCCUUCCUGCAUCUGGUUCCGCUAAUUCAACUAUUAUAUUAGGGGAUAUUAACACAAGUGCAAAAACGCCCAAAACCGAUGACAAUAAAAGUGGAAUUACAAAUAGACUGAGGUCACUCAAGACUCUACCUACCAAAUCCACCCCGGUUUAUGCUUUACGGAGCACCGGUUCCAAUGUGGCAGCGCCAAUUGUCAAGAAAUCCAGAGCCUCAGAACCACCACCCGAGGGUCAAAACAUGACAGAUGCUUCCGAAAGUGUAAUACCCGAGGAGGCUCCUCCGGUCAAUGUUGUAGACGAAAGUCUAAGUCUGAUUCCAAAUGCAACCAAGCAAGCACUAUCACCUAUUUUUUUACGUGAAUCAUGUUUUUCCAUUGUCAGGGUUGCUCAUAUAGUUCUUGAACAGAACUAUGAAAUGGAAAGGCGUUUGGCACCCAGGACUCUAAGAGUUUAUUCUCUAUAUUGGUUGAUGAUUGCUAGAUGUCCGCCACUUACAUUCAGGCUUGUAGAUAUGUCUGCAAAAAAAGCAAAACAAAACCCUUUUUAUGUGAACUAUGUAAUCAAUGUGCAUCAGUUUAUGACAUUCAUCAAUAGACUUGAUCAAGAUGUCAUGCAGAGAACCAAACGAGCCUGGUUGCAG